CUUGAACUUCUUUUUGGCAAGUGGUUUUAAAUUGCUUUAGCCGUGGCCUCACAGAAUAGGAAUAUUACACGAUCAUCACUCGAUUACUUAACCAAAUAGCCUUCAGUAAUUUCAGGCUUCUGUAGCUACGUACGUACAGUCCUCUAUGUGAUAUUGAAACCUUGCCGAAGGUACCUGGAAGGCACCUCUAGCUCUAAGGUUUGAGAAUAAUACUAACUACCUUCAUAUAUGAACUUUCACACGGCAUCAACGCAUCUAAAAUAUGCUCAGAGGAAGUAGCAUACUCAUGUUGCCUGCUGAAAUAAUCAAUAGAAUUACAUCUUCGGGUGCCAACGUAGAUCGAUGUCCUGCGGAGAUUCAAUAGAUGAACGACUGAGAUUGAUUGGAAAUAUUAUAAAUUAACCUGUUGUACAUGGGAUUUGUUUCCCUAGCAAGGAACGUACGUACGUACUUUAAUUCCAGAUAUAUAGACGAAACUCAAAAGCCUCCCAUAAACCCUAGCACUAUUCCGGCCAUCCCAAUCUCUCGGAUUGUUUCUCGAUCUGUCUCUGCUGACACAAAGCAAUUAUGUGGUGGAAAGUAGCCGGUCCGUCGGAGUACCUGGCCAUCACCGGUUGGGGCAUCGACGACAUACGCCUGGAGAAGAAGGCAUGGGUCCUGCCGGGGCAGAAGUGCUCUCGCUUUGACGUGUCCCCAGUGAACUACACCUUCGAGGUCGAGGCCAUGUCCGAUGAGAAGCUCCCUUUCGUCCUCCCCGCCGUCUUUACCAUCGGCCCACGUGUCGAUGACAUGGACAGCCUCCUCCUCUACGCAAAGCUCAUCUCCCCCCACGACAAGCUCUCCAACCAUGUGAACGAGCUUGUUCGGGGCAUCAUCGAGGGCGAGACACGUGUGCUUGCCGCCUCCAUGACCAUGGAGGAAAUCUUCAAGGGUACCAAGGAAUUCAAGAAAGAGGUUUUCGAAAAGGUUCAGCUUGAACUCAAUCAGUUUGGGCUUCUCAUCUACAACGCUAACGUCAAACAGCUCGUUGAUGUGCGUGGGCAUGAAUAUUUCUCAUACCUUGGCCAGAAAACCCAGAUGGAGGCUGCCAAUCAAGCCAAGAUUGAUGUUUCCGAGGCGAAGAAGAAGGGUGAGAUCGGAGCAAAGUUGCGGGAAGGUCAAACCACACAAAACGCUGCGAAAAUUGACGCGGAGACGAAGAUCAUAUCGACUCAAAGGCAAGGAGAGGCCGAGAAGGAGGAAAUUAGAGUUAAGACUGACGUGAAAAUAUUUAAGAACCAGAAGGAAGCUGAACAGGUCCAGUCGAAUGCUGAGUUGGCCACUAGGAACGCCGGGUGGGCCCAGUCUUCUGAGCUGGCACAGGUGGAGGCGGCAAAGGCGGUGGCCUUAAGGGAGGCUGAGUUGCAGUGCCAGGUGGAGAGGAAGAACGCGUUGACUCAGAUCGAGAAACUCAAAGCCGACCAGCUCAGUAAGGCUGCUGUGGAGUACGAAAUCAAGGUGCAAGAGGCAAAUUGGGAGCUGUACAACAAGCAAAGAGCAGCAGAUGCAGUCUUUUAUGAACAACAAAAAGUUGCCGAGGCACAGAAGGCAAGCGCAGAUGCGAGUUUUUAUGCUCGCCAGCAAGCGGCGAACAGUGAGCUAUAUGCAAAGAAGAAAGAGGCAGAAGGAAUUAGCGCACUCGCGCAAGCUGAAGGCUUUUACUUGAACACCCUAUUGAAACAGCUCGGAGGAAAUUACACCGCCCUAAGGGACUACAUGAUGAUCAACAAGAACAUGUUCCAAGACAUUGCGAAGAUUAAUGCGGAGGCAGUCCAUGGAUUGCAGCCCAAGAUUAGCAUUUGGUCCAACGGAAAAGGCGGCGAAGAUGGCACAAAUGGAGCCAUGAAGGGUGUCGCCGAGAUAUACAGUGCUCUGCCGCCUUUGAUGAAGACUGUGCAUGAGCAGACUGGGAUGCUGCCACCUGCUUGGCUGGGCACUUUAACUGAUGUUACUCCCAAUUCUAAUUAAUUAAGAUGUUUGCUUUUAUGCUAGUGUGGACAUAAUAAUCUUAUUGAAACUAUUUAGCUUGAUGCCUAGGGUUAAUGUUUAUUUGUAAUCAACUUUUUAGGGAGCUUUCUAUUCCCUAGACCUUUCUCUUUGUGAGGUCAUUUAUGCUGGUUUCUUGGCAAUAAUACAAAAGAGUUAUUGUUUCAAAAAUGGAGAAGAUCCAAAUUCCAGUUU